AUGCAGAGGUCGACGGCGGCGCAUGGAGCUCGUCGAUGCCCCAGCGGAGGCACUAUGCUGGGCGAGCACCUACGCGAGGAGCAACUGGCAAGCACGUCGGCCUACUCGGCGAGCACCCCCUGCAGCACCCCUGGCGAGUGGCCAAUAGCCGAUGAGCACCCCUUGCUUGGGAAUUCCCGUGCCGGUGGGGCCGACGUGCGACGCCAUGUGUCGCCGCGCUGCCGCCUGGGUCACACAAGUGUGCGGUUUUCCAAUGAGAAUAAUUGGAUGGAUCAAAUUGGCUUUAACUUCGUGAUGGGCUGUAUGACGCAUGAGCAGUUUAAGAUUUUUGCUGUUGCUGUUCAGUCAAGAGAAAGAAUUGAUAAAGCUGGCCAAUUUGGUAGGAACAAUAUUCUUGGCAUGGUGGCUGACACAGAAAGCUCAGAUUCACUGCCUGGCAGUUCAAAUGCUGCUUCUGAGAUGCCUGCUAAUGGGUCUAUUCACCCAAAGAAAACACAUAAAGCUGAACGAGAGAAGCUUAAACGUGAUCAGUUGAAUGACCUUUUUGUUGAGCUGGGCAGUAUGCUAGAUCUUGAUCGACAAAAUACUGGAAAAGCUACAGUGUUAGGUGAUGCUGCACGAGUACUGCGAGAUCUAAUUACCCAAGUAGAAUCUCUUAGGAAGGAACAAUGUGCUCUUGUAUCGGAACGCCAAUAUGUCAGUUCAGAGAAGAAUGAGCUGCAAGAGGAGAACAACUCGCUCAAAUCACAAAUAUCAGAACUACAAAAUGAGCUCUGUGCAAGGAUGCGGAACAGCAGCCUCAAUCAAAACAGCCUUGGGAUGUCACUUCCAGUUGCGAACACUGUAGGUGCUGAUCUGGCAACUCACCCUAUGCCACAGCAGAUGUGGAGCAACAUUUAUAAUUUAAGCUCUGUGGCCAUGGCACACCCAACAAAUACAGCAACUCUGUUACACAGCCAGGACCACUCUGCUGAUGCUGGUCAAGGCUAUGCGCACCAACCUCGGGAGCUGCAGCUGUUUCCAGGUGCAUCAUCUUCACCAGAGUGUGGAUGUUCCUGGCUAGGAAGCGACCAGGCCACAUCGUUGAGGCUGACAGAUUCCUUGCCAGGGCAGCUGUGCCUAAGCCUUCCACAGUCAUCUCAGGAAGGAAGCAGCAGCGGUGUACCACACAGCAGAAAGGAACGGCGGAACGGUUUGCCAACUGACAACACUUGA